AUCAGAAAAAGUGAUUACUUGAUCUUGAGAAAACUGCGAUUUCUUGCUUUGAGCAAGCCUUUAUCUGUGAAUUACUGUUAUUGAUACUGCGAUUUUCUACAUUCUAGAAGUGUGUUUUAGAAAGACUGAAGUUUGAAAUUUGCUGUACGAGUUGAAAGACUGUUGUGAAGAUGCCUAGCGGAAAAGCGCCAGCGAUCGGAAUUGAUUUGGGAACGACCUACUCCUGUGUCGGCGUGUUCCAGCAUGGAUGUGUGGAAAUUAUUGCCAAUGAUCAAGGCAAUAGAACAACUCCCAGCUACGUUGCCUUUACAGACACUGAGAGACUGAUCGGAGAUGCUGCAAAAUCUCAAGUAGCAAUGAAUCCUGAGAACACCAUCUUCGAUGCAAAGAGACUUAUUGGCAGAAAAUUCGACGAUCCGAAGAUCCAGCAAGAUUUGAAGCAUUGGCCUUUUAAAGUUAUCAACCAUGGAGGCAAACCCAAAAUUCGAGUGGAAUUCAAAGGUGAGGAGAAGCUCUUCAAUCCAGAAGAAAUCAGUGCAAUGGUGCUGACCAAAAUGAAAGAGACUGCAGAAAUGUAUCUCGGCCAGAAAGUCACAGAUGCUGUUAUCACUGUUCCAGCUUACUUCAAUGACUCUCAGAGACAAGCUACAAAGGAUGCUGGAAAAAUUGCUGGACUGAAUGUUCUCAGAAUCAUCAAUGAACCAACAGCGGCUGCCCUCGCUUAUGGACUCGACAAAAAUCUUCGAGGUGAGAAAAAUGUCCUCAUCUUUGACCUGGGUGGUGGAACCUUUGAUGUUUCCAUCUUAACUAUUGAUGAAGGUUCCUUAUUUGAAGUCAGAUCUACAGCUGGUGAUACUCAUUUGGGAGGUGAGGACUUUGACAACAGACUGGUCAACCACUUCAUCGAAGAAUUUAAACGAAAGCAUCGUAAGGAUAUUAGAACUAAUCCAAGGGCUGUACGAAGGUUAAGAACUGCAUGUGAAAGAGCAAAGAGAACCUUAUCCAGCAGCUCAGAAGCUAGUAUUGAAAUAGAUGCUCUCUUUGAAGGAAUAGAUUUCUAUUCCAAGAUAACAAGAGCAAGAUUUGAAGAAUUGUGCAUGGAUCUCUUCCGUUCAACAUUGGAGCCUGUAGAACGUGCACUAAAAGAUGCAAAAUUAGACAAAUGUAGCAUCCAUGAUGUAGUCUUAGUUGGUGGAUCUACUCGAAUUCCCAAGAUUCAAAAGCUGCUGAAAGACUUCUUUAAUGGAAAAGAACUAUGUAUGUCAAUCAAUCCUGAUGAAGCUGUGGCUUAUGGAGCAGCCGUACAAGCAGCAGUCCUUACUGGAAGCACAGAUGAUAAAAUAAAAGAUGUGUUGCUUGUUGAUGUAGCACCUUUAUCUCUAGGCAUUGAGACAGCUGGUGGAGUGAUGACAAAAAUCAUAGAAAGAAAUUCAAGAAUUCCAUGCAAGACUUCCCAGGUAUUUACAACUUAUUCUGAUAACCAACCUGGUGUAGAUAUUCAAGUCUAUGAGGGUGAAAGAGCCAUGACAAAAGAUAAUCAUCUCCUUGGUAGAUUCCAGCUGUCUGGGAUACCACCAGCACCAAGAGGUGUACCACAAAUUGAAGUCACUUUCGACAUGGAUGCUAAUGGAAUUCUUAAUGUUUCUGCGCUUGAUAAGAGUUCCGGAAAGUCACAGAGUAUCACUAUAACCAAUGACAAAGGACGCCUCUCAAAAGAAGAGAUUGAGAGAAUGCUCAAUGAAGCUAAGCAGUAUGAGAAAGAAGAUCAAGAACAAAAAGAAAAAGUAGCUGCGAGAAACAACCUUGAGAGCUAUAUAUAUUCAGUGAAACAAGCAGCAAAAUCAGCUCCUGAAGAUAAAUUAUCAUCUGCAGAUAAAGCCAAAGUAAAAGAAUCCUGCGAAAACAUUAUCCGAUGGUUAGACAACAAUACCUUAGCCGAGAAGGAUGAGAUAGAACACAAAUUGAAGGAGGUACAGACAGAAUUGAGUCCAUACAUGACAAAAAUGCAUCAAGCAGCUGGUGGUUUCAACCCAGCAGGAAAUGGAUUUAGUGCCAAUCAGCAAACAACUGCAGGAUCUAGUGGUCCUACGAUUGAAGAAGUUGAUUAAAAUUCUUAUCUAGAACUUUAUGAACUUUUAAAAGUAAUUGUAAAUAUGUAAAUAUAAUCUGUGUGCAUG